AUGAGCGUGCUAGCGCUUGCAGGAGGUGUCGGAGGUGCAAAGCUUUGCCUUGGUCUGGCGAGAGUUCUCAGCCCAGACGACCUCCAAAUAGUUGUAAACACAGGAGACGACGAAGAGUUCUACGGUCUACAUGUCUCUCCUGACCUGGACACGGUGAUGUAUACGCUGGCCGGUCUCGCCAACCCAUACACCGGUUGGGGAAUAACUGGCGAAACUUUUGCCACGCUCGAACACCUGGGCAAGUUGGGGGAGGAUACAUGGUUCGGGCUCGGAGAUCGCGACAUGGCGACUCACAUCGUGAGGACGAACAUGUUGCGGCAGGGAAAGUCACUGUCCGAAGUCACCAGUCGCUUGUAUCGAUCACUUGGCGUCGAACACCCAGUUGCGCCGAUGACCGACGAUAGAGUUCGGACGAAAGCUGUGACCAACAUCGGGACACUGGAAUUCCAGACAUACUUCGUCAAGCAUAGGUGCGAACCUGUUGUCAGAGACCUCGUGUUCGAUGGUUCUGGGAGUGCAUCGAUGUCGGAGGCGUUCAGCAAGGCGCUGAGCGAUAGAAGCGUGCUUGUAUACUGCCCGUCGAACCCGCUUCUAAGCAUGGCUCCGAUCCUGGCGGUGCCUGGAGUAGAGUCGGCAAUCAAGAGCUUCAGCGGUGUAACAAUAGCGGUCAGUCCCAUUGUCGGCGGUAAGGCUCUUAGAGGACCGGCGGCUAAAUUGCUCGAGGAGCUUGGUGAGGACGUCUCGUGCGUGGGAGUCGCCAGACGUUAUUCAGGAAUUUGUGACGUGUUCAUUCUCGAUGACCUGGACAGGCACCACGCCGAUGAGAUCAGGUCACUCGGGAUGGUACCUGUUGUGGUAGAUACGAUCAUGAACACCGAGCAGGACAAGAUUGACCUGGCCCGCAUCGUUCUGGAGGUUGCUGGCGUAGCACAUGCGAGGUAA